AUGAUCAGUCGAUCAUCGUCAGCGGGAUCAUUCACGCUCGAUACGCGUUACGGCAAGUCGAAGCGCUUCGCAGACUUAAAGCUCUCCACCUGCGCCUCGUGGUCCAUCGCCGUCUUCUGCGGCUUCCUCCUGAUAUGGCGCCUCAUCUGCAACAGGAAACGCUACCCGCCAACGCAGGCGUUACAGGCCGACUCGGUGACGAUCCUAAUUAACGGCUACGCCGAAGCGCGAAUCCCGCUGCUGCAAGAGACGCUGCAAAUUUACGCGGAGAGCCCGUUAGUGGACGCGAUUUAUGUUCUAUGGGGGAACGUGUCGUCGCCUUUCUCCGUGGUUGAGGGGGAUUUGGGGUGGUGGGAUGAUGGAUCGAGCGGAGAAGGAGCGGCAGCGGCGGCGGCGGCGGCGAUUGAGCGAGCCGAAAAAAUCGCCACGCAGGAAAGAGAGGACGGCAUUCCCGGCGGGAAUCACGGAUCGGGCGGGGGGAUUCGCGUGGGCGGCCCGGAUUCUAAGAUUCACAUAGUUAGACAGCUGUCCGACAGCCUGAACGACCGGUUCCUUCCGCGAAAGUUCAUUCGCACGCGGGCUGUGAUUAUAUGCGACGAUGACAUCACGAUCGACGAUAAGACGCUGGAGUUCGCGCUCCGGGUUUGGGGGGAGAAUGAGCAGCGGCUGGUAGGAUUUUUCCCGCGCGCGCACGUGUACAGUUUGGAGGAUAAGGGAUGGGUGUACACGAAACGCGAAGACCGGUAUUCUAUAGUGUUAACGAAGCUGUUUAUAUUGCACGCGGAUUAUCUUUUUAGGUACACGUGUCACACGCCGGAGGGGGUCAAGGAGUACGUGGAUUCGGGGAAGAAUUGCGAAGACAUCGCGAUGAACUUCGUCGUUUCGCAGCGCGCGAAAGUCGGGCCGCUAUUGGUGGACGGGAAGCCUCGGGAUUGGGGCGACACGCGGAACUCGGAGAAGGAGCUGAGCGACGUGGGGCUGAGCGCGCGCGCGGGGCACAAGAAGGACCGCGGCGGGUGCAUCGGCGCGUUUCAGCGGCUGUGGGGCGGCAUGGAGUUAAGAUACAGCUACUCCAAGGCGACGCCGGAUGUUAAAGAGAUGGUGUUUUGCGACAAGUUUGGGUACAUGAUUCAUUGUGACGACCGCGCCCUAACGCGCAUGCAGGCAGCAAGAGCAGCAGGGCUGCACCGAGUGGUGGUGGAGCAGCGCUACGCCUACACCACGCUCGUUGCCUCUGCUGAUCUGCUGCCUGCUGCCCUCGCCCACGCACAGUCUCUCAGACUGACGGGCACGGCGCAUGACCUUGUGCUCAUGGUGGAUGGGAACGCACAUGACGUGAACAUCAACGACCGGUUGUUGCUGCUGCAUUUCGACCACGUGCGCCGUGUGCCAACAGUUGCCAACCCAUACGGCGUGAAGGGGUUCUCCAAGCUGAACGCGUGGCAGAUGACUGAAUACGACAAGGUGGUUUAUAUCGACGUCGACACUCUCGUUCUCGCCAACCUGGACCAUCUCUUUGAGCGCCCCGAGCCCACCGCCGUGCCGGACGUUUACAUGAGCAGCAAGUUCAACAGCGGGCUGCUCGUGUUGAAGCCAUCCCAUUCCACAUAUGCUGAUAUGAUGAGCAAGAUGCACCGCCUCCCCUCCUACAACAAGGGCGACCAGGGAUUCCUCAACGCUUACUUCUCGGGCUGGUUCCACUCGCCGCCCGCCCACCGCCUGCCCGCCCGGUACAACGCCGUCAUCUUCUUCCCCGACCACUACCACCCGCCGCCCUGGUUCCGCGUCGAAGCCGCCCACGAGGCGCUCAACGGACCAAUCAUGAUGAUCCAUUUCGCCAACCCCUGGUUCAAGCCGUGGCGGCUCGGGACGCAGGAGGGCGGGGUGGUGGGGAUACACGGGGAAGGGGGAGGGGGAGGAGGCGGGGGAGGGGGAGGGGUAAGGGGUGGGGGAGGGGGAAAAGGUGGGGGGAGUUUGUCGUCUGCGUUGUCGUCGACUCUGGCGUCGUCUCUCACGUCGGGUCAGAGCGGGGUGAGCAGAGAGGCCGUGGAGGCAGCUGCAGCGGCGACUCUGCAAGCAGUGGCGGCAGGAGGGAGUGAGAACAGCACAGCAGGAGCAGCAGGAGCUGCUAGUGGGGUGAUCGAAGGGGGAGCAGGAGGAGCAGGGGGAGCAGGAGCGGCAGGAGGGGUGGUGGUAGCCGGCGACGGUGGCCCACAGGUGAAGGUGAACCUCUGGUGCUCUCUUUGGCUGUACCUCGCACACGCACUGGAAGAAAACGACUGGUACCCUCUCGACCCCACCUCCAUCUCCCUCACACACUUCCUCCCCAACCGCGCCCAGUACGACGCUCUCAUGCCCGCCCACGCCAAGGCACGUUCUGCAUCUGCCGCAGCAGCUGAAGCAGCCGCAGCUGCAGGCGCAGCAGCAGCGCAAACCACAUCCUCCGCGUUUCCAUCCACCCCUGCUCUGCUCUCCUCGCCGGUGUCGCAUGAGCCGGUGAUUCCAGGCCGACCCACUUACAUCGGCCGAGAGGGUUUCGUGACUCUGAUCACCAAAGAUAACUACUUUGCAGCGGGCGUCUGGGCGGCAUCGUACCUGCAGCACCAUUCCUUCUCCUCCUUCCGGAAGAUUCUCCUUCUCGUGCUGUCCACGGUCCCCAGGGACCACUGGCAGCCGUAUCGCAAGCUCUUCAACUAUGUCCGAGUGGUCGACCCGAUAGUCGUCAACGGGCGGCAAUUAGACGAUGCCUUCGCCGUGCUGCACGCAUGGAACCAGAAAGGGUUUGACAAGCUUGUUUAUGUCGACCCGGUGGCGCUUUUUGUGGAUAAUUGCAACGAGCUGGUUACCAGUUAUGACGCGUUCGCCGCCCCGCCGAGCGUUUUCCCUCCGGACAUGUUCACCUCCCGAGUGAUGGUCAUCCAACCCAACUCCACCACAUUCGAAGACAUGGUGGCGAAACUCCCGGUUUUACCCUAUCCGGAAGGGUCGGUGGACCGGUUUUUGAACGCGUAUUACUACGGGUGGUUUUCGUGGGCGCCUGCGCACCGCAUUCCGCCGUCGUUUGCGGUGGACAUGUGGUUCAAGGAGGGGCUGAUGAAGUUCUUUGUGCCGUGGCGGAUCGUGAUGUUUGACUCGCGGGCCGUGCCGUGGAGCGAUAUCAGCGACUGGAUGGCGCACGACCGCACCAAGGCUGUCAAGCUCUGGCGGCGCACGUUCUGCAGUUUGGAAGACACCUUGAGACCUCCGAGCCUGGCGCAUUUGUGUGCGGAUCUUAUAUAG